UGUUGGCUUCCUGUUUAACAAACAGUAGGCUGACAAUUUUAAAGAGACAGUGACAAAGUGAUGACCAGGUGCCAAGUGCCAGCUGUCCUUAUUCACCAGAUUGAACAAGAAUUGGAUAAAGAAGAAGAAGAGAUUAUGGUUUUCCUAUGUCGAGACCUGGCUCCUGACUUGGCCACUGCCAACAUUAGAGAGGUCUUGCUGGCUUUGAAUGAAAGGGAGAAAUUGUCUUUUCUUGGUCUGGCUGAGCUGUUGUACACAGUUAAGAGGUUUGACUUGCUGAGGAGGAUCUUGAAGACUGAGAAAGCAACAGUGGAGGCUAACCUUGCCAGGAGUCUCAGACUUGUCCCUGAUUACAGGGUACUAAUGGUAGAGAUUAAUGAGAAUCUGGAAAAAGAAGAAGUGUGUUCUCUUGUUUUUCUACUCAGAGAUUAUGCACCUCGUAUGAAAACGGCAAAAAAUAAGACUUUUCUAGCUCUUGUGAUUGACCUGGAGAAACUAAACUUGGUGGCUCCUAAUCAACUGGAUUUGUUAGAAAAUUGUUUUCAAAAUAUUCACAGGAUAGACCUGAUAAGGAAGAUUCAGAAGUACAAACACGAAGCUUUAGUGUCCUCCGUUCAUUCUCAGCCACUAUAUGUAAAUGCACUUCGGGCAUCUCUCCCUAAUCUCAGUCUGAUUGAUCCUCCUUAUGGUUCAAGGAAUGUGAACAAAGAAAAAUCACAAAAUGGACAAAAUCUUAUUCUGGCAGAACCAGCCCACAUGUCCAUUGAGGAAUCAGGACCAGUGUCACAUAAGGUGUUUGAUGAUCAGUACAGAAUGCAAAGUCAACCUUUAGGAAUAUGCCUGAUAAUAGACUGUAUCGGCAAUGACACAGAUGUGUUGGAAGAGACCUUCAGAGGCUUAGGCUAUGACAUUUGUUGUCACAGAUAUUUAAAUAUGGACACCAUGAAUCAAACAUUGCUCGAAGUUGCAAGGUUGCAGAAGCACAGAAAUUGUGACAGCUUCAUUUGCGUAUUGGUCAGCCGUGGAACUCCUCAGAGCAUCUUCUGUACAGACCAUACCUUUCCUGGAUUCCCUUUGGAACAAAUAAAGAAAUACUUUACAGCAGACUCAUGUCCUGAACUCCUAGGAAAACCAAAGCUUUUUUUUAUUCAGACCUACAUUGUGCCAGACAAUGAGCAAGAAUGUACCAGUCUGUUGGAAGUAGAUGGGAAUGAUGAAAAAAUCAUUGCUAACACAAAAAUCCCUUGGAAACUCACUAUCCCCCAAGUAGCAGACAUCUUUUGGAGUCAGUGUAAGGUGGAUGUGUCUACACUAGAAAAAUCUCCAAGUUCAUCCUCAUAUUAUCUGCGUUGUCUGGCUGAGCUACUCCGCAAUCCUCAUAGAAGGAAACUCUCUAUAUUAGAUAUCCAUACGGAACUGAACAGAAAAGUCUAUGAAUGGAAUAAGACUGCUGACCCAAGCCAACAAUACUCACUUCUGCUCCAACACACACUGAGGAAGAAACUUUUUCUUUGUCCCCCAUAA